AUGAACCUACCUGAGAGGAAGUAUGUAUUAACCAUAAAGCAGAUCAAAAAUCUCUCCCCUUUGCGGUCCUCUGACCGGAGGAAGAUCGCCGACCAAAUCAUCAAGGAUUAUCAGAUCACCGUUCCUGCAGCCCCGACCGAUGCACCCGACGGAGCACCAAACACAGCUUCUGCGACUACGCCGACACUCUCGUCUAUUCGGAAUGCCCUCCUCCCUGAAAACUCCUUGACCGCGCGCUUUACAACAACGGCAGGUCCCGAUCUUCGAGAGGUACAGGGCAUUGUAUAUGUUGGCACGCUCCCAGAUGGAGACGAACGAGUGCUCUGGUUCAAGGUGGAACAUGGGCCUGGAGCAGACAAGCGCAUGUAUCCAACAGUCUACACACUAUGGCACAACCCGAAUUUGCUUCCUCUGCUCUAUACCCCAGAGAUGGUGAUGCGGAAGCUACGUGGCGGCGCGGACCUUAUGACGCCUGGAUUGGCGAACGAGCCGCCCUUCCCCAAGCGGGCUGUCCAGGGAGCUGUCGUUGCUGUGGCAGGUUUAGACAGAGAAACUGUUCCGCUGUUUGUGGGGGUCUGUGAGAUUGAUGUCUCCGCGUUAGGAGAGGUUCAAGGCACAAAGGGCCAUGCUGUUCGUGGUCUCCAUUGGGAAGGAGACGAGCUGUGGGCUUGGAGCUCAUCAUCUCGCCCCGGCCGUCCCGCGCCCGAGUAUUUAAAGGGCUGGGAUGAGGAGGAGAGUGAGACGGAAGAAACCAAAGAGGCUGUCGGGGAGCUCACGCUUGAAGAGAAGGAUGUUGCAGUCUCAGAGAUUCCAGAUGAUGCUCCCGGGACUGGCGAGGAUCCUGCUGUGGAGGAAAAAGAGCCUACAACCAAGGAGGUUGACGAUGCAUUUUUCAAUGCCUUUCUCUAUUCUCUCUACAAACUCAAGCAGGACAAUCCAUCGGCCACCAACCAUGGCCUUACGUUGCCUGUCUCCCCUUCCAUCCUGAUUGCCAACCUCAUCACCCCCUACCUCCCAAUCUCAUCCCCCCAGCAAGUGCAGUACUACAACAUCAAGAAGACCAGCUGGAAGAAUGUCAAGAAGUUCAUCAAACACCUUGAUAAAACGCAGCUAGUGAAGUCCAAGGACCGCAGCGGCCAAGAGACCUACAUCUGGGAUAUCGACUUCAGCGACCACCGUGUGGAACGUUUUGUCCCUUACAAGCUCCCGUCCAAAAGCGCACUUGAAGCAGCCAGCAAACCAGCAGCCUCAGAGGGCAAAACCCCCGCUGCAACCGGUGAAGCCGACCCUGCCGUGGGACAGACUCUCAAUGUGCAAACUCUGUAUCGGCCGACACAGAAGCUGACUCCAGAUAUCUUCCCCGCGUCUUCUUCAAGCAACCCGAAGAACUACUACAAAUACUCCGAGGUGUCCAGCCACCUGGAUCAAUAUCUGCAGUCUCAAAACCUCGUCUCCCCAGAAAACCGCCGCAUCAUCAAUCUCAACCCCUUCCUCGCCAACACCAUUUUUACAUCCUCGUCCUCGGAAGACCAAGGCACCCUCAAGCGCGGCAAGGUCACCCGCGAUGGGCUGCUCAAGCGCAUCAUUGAGGACCACACUUUCCUGCAACCUCAUUACGCCAUCCUCAAAGCGGGCCAGACGCUCGCAGACGUCAAGCCCAAGGCUGGCGCCACUCCCAAGGCGGUUGUGACGCUCGAGAAACGGACGGGCUCCAAGACUAUCACGAAGGUUUCGAACCUGGAAAUCUUUGGGAUCAUCCCGAGCCUUCUCGCCGAGGAGCUGCAGAAAAAGUGUGCCAGUAGUACAAGUGUGACUCAAGCUGUUGGUGCUCCCAAAGGCGUCAUGGAGGUCCUGGUGCAGGGUGAUCAGCGGAAGGUUUUAGACAGCGCUCUCACGCGCCGCGGGCUGAAAAGCCAGUGGGUAGAAGUGGUGGACAAGACCAAGAAGAAGAAAUAG